AUGAACAACAGCGAGUCAUAUCCACCGGAUUUCCGGCGUGUAAUCAACGACGGAGAUUCUCCAGCUACGGCAGAGGUCGAACCGGUUCUUGUCCAGGACAAGGAUAUCCAUAUCCCGGUUAUCGAUUUUGAGCGUUUGGACAAGGACAUGCUAACAGAGGCAUGCAGGGAGUGGGGAAUAUUCCGUCUGGUGAAUCACGGAGUACCGUUGGCGUUGACGUCACAGCUUCAGGAGAUCUCGGAAUCGUUGCUGAGUCUGCCGUUUGAGAACAAACGGGAAUUGUUCGGCGCCGUUAACUCUCCGUUAUCGUAUUUCUGGGGAACACCUGCUCUAAAUCGUUCGGGAGAUGCACUCAAGAGAGGAACUCAAGCUCCAAACGUAAGCAUGGUCGAAGGUUUCAACGUUCCUCUCUCGAAGCUUCCAGCUUCUACUUGUUGUCAUGAUGAUGCUCAACAUUUGAAACUAGAGUCUUUCAGAGUGCUGAUGGAGGAAUAUGGAAUGCACAUAACUAGAGUUGCUGUAUCCUUGUUUGAAGCUAUAGCACAAACACUGAACCUAGACCUAUCCGGUGACCGGAGAUCACAAUACUUAUCGGAGUCAACAGGGCUCAUACGGGUUUACCGGUAUCCCCGGAGCUCCUCCGUAGACGAGGCAGCCGGAGAAGCCCUGGGAAUGGAAGUCCACACAGAUAGUUCGGUGAUCUCGAUACUGAAGGAAGAUGAAACCGGAGGGCUUGAGAUCAUGAAAGGUGAAGAAUGGUUCUGUGUAAAACCUGUUGCUAAUACCCUCAUCGUCAAUCUGGGAGAUAUGAUGCAGGCGAUGAGCGAUGAUGAAUACAAGAGUGUGACGCAUAGAGUGAAGAAGAAGGAUAUGACGAGAGAGAGACACUCGGUGUGUUAUUUUGUGUUCCCACAGAGCGAUUGUGUGAUAAAGUCUUCGAAGUAUAAGCCAUUCACUUACUCAGAGUUUCAAGCUCAAGUUCAGGCGGAUGUUCAGUCUCUUGGGACCAAGAUCGGCCUUCCUAGAUUCAUCCCAACUUCUCCAUUCUUUCUCAAAGAGAGAGCUUAG